AAACCUCCAUUAGACAAAAAGGUCGAAGAAGGAAGCCUCGUAAGAUUUCACUGUCAAGUCACCGGAAACCCAGAGCCAAUUAUCUUCUGGGAACUGAACGGCAGGCGAGUGGAUGAAAGAAUCCACAACCGGUACACAGUCUCCGUGCGUAGUGGCGAAUCGGUGCUCGACAUCGAUCCCGCCAGACGCAGACGUGAUGCUGGCGUGAUCACGUGUGUGGCCGACAAUAGCAAGGGACAGUACUCUAGAAAUAGUGCCCACCUUCAAAUAUAUGAUGGUACCAGUGAGUAUCCACGUACUGUUUUUGGUCAGGACUCUCUGGCGAAGUCAGAGAUUGUUUCCAGAACAGGCGUGUAUGAACAGUUCUUUGAUCGGUGCCGAACGAGUUUCCCGUGAUCACGGAACACCCGAAGAUGAAGGUUGUGGAGAAUGAACGCGACGCCGUGUUUUUCUGCGAGGCACUGGGCACCGACGAUGCCCUCAUACAGUGGUACAUGGACGGCUUCCCGCUUCAGCAGUCGGAUAAAUAUGACAUAAUUCAGGAUGAGGUGGACAGCGGUGAAUUGGUUGUCAUAGCUACCGACACGUAUGACGAGGGAACCUACCAAUGUUCAGUGGAAAAUGACGUGGGCAUUGUGUAUUCGCUGAAGUCUUCUCUGUAUGUACGAGAGAGAAAGGUUCCCCCAAGUUUUACUCGUGUGACCAAGAACCCAGACGUAAACCAGGGUUCUAACAUUGAACUAACCUGUGAGGCUAUUGGUGUGCCCAUGCCCGAACUUCGCUGGGAGCGUGAUGGGCGUACACUUAAAGGGAACGACCCUCGGUUUGGAAGCAAUACGCUGUACAUAGAAAACAUACAGAACAGCCAGGCGUACACCUGUAUUGCAACCAACGACUUCGGCAAAAUAACGACAUCUGUGUUUGUGAACGUCUUUGGAGUUGAGGCCUUACCCAUGGCACCACAAAAUGCUCAGAUCGUCAACAUUUCAACCAACGAUGCGGUAUUAAAAUGGGAGGAAAGUACUUCACCCUCAGACCAUCCAGUGGUUUCUUACAUUAUACAGCUCAAAAAAUGUGAACCAGGGGCGAAAUUUGGAUCAGAACAGGAAGUCAUUGUUGACGACAUGACUCGGAAGUACAAGAUUCGUGAUCUGACACCAAGCCAGUGCUACCAGGUUCUUGUGAUGGCCCAGAGCACCCUGGGUAGAAGUCAGAUAUCAGAGCAAAGCAGUAUUAAGUUCAGUACACUACAAGAUGAGUUUCACAAUCCUCCUCGGAAUGUCAGUGUUCGACCUUUGACCAAGUCCUCCAUCAUGGUAUCAUGGGAGCCACCGCGCGGCAAUCUCGACUAUCUAAUGGCAUAUCAAAUUCAGUUCACCAAGAAUCCAAACAUUCCAUUGUUUGCCUGGGACAAACGGGAAGUACCGAGAAACCAAACGCUCGCCACUAUCGGAGAAUUAAAGGAGCAAGCUGUGUAUUACGUCAUAGUUCAGUCGUUACACAUGGAUGAGGAAAUCAGGAGCUCGGAGAUGGUCGAGGUCACCUUAGCAACACAUGGACAGAAGGAUCCCUCUCUCAUCACCAACCUCUACGCUGAGGUGGUUUCUCCGACGUCCACGCGGGUGUCAUGGCAGAACCCAGACCUGGGAUUUCCCAUCACUGGCUACUCCCUGUACAUCGAUGACUCGGACGAGAACUUCGAGAAACUGCCGCUAGCUGGAUUCAUGGACAGCUAUAUUGUGGAGGGCCUGUAUCCCGGAGCUGAAUAUAAAAUAAAGAUUGCACCCAUCACGCCAUACGGAGAAGGCCCCGCAAGCUCACCGAUCAUCAUUAGACUUCCAAUAUUUGUGUUGGAGGCUCCAGAGGUAGAGAAAAUAACUGCCAUUAAUUCAACGGCAGUGUUAGUAAGGUGGACACAGCCGUCCCCAGAAAAUGACCCCGAUAACGUGAACCCAAUUGUGGGUUACGUGGUGUAUACUGAACGAGUGACGCCGGACGAAACAGGGGCCCGGAAUAUACAGCGUGUACAGAUAGAUGGCGCUCGCAGUCGCAUCGUUAUCAACAACCUGGAACCAGCCACAGAGUAUCGCAUGUGGGUAGCGUCGGUAACCAAGCAGGGCGAUGGACCCAGUAGUGACCCCGAAAUUGUUGUAACCGCCAGUGAAGAUUCGAGGACACCAAGAAUUGUAAGUGUUACGCCAAAGAACACUACAGCAAUUCUUGUCAAAUGGAAGCCACCUCAGUCACGUGACUCUAAGAAAAUACGCGGGUAUUUCGUGUAUGUUGAGAAAAUUCGGUCUGGUCCAUGGGAUCCAACGGUACGCUACAUAAUGGAUGUCAGACCCGGAAACCAACGAAACGUGGUGAUGGGAAAUCUUCUGCCUGGACACGAAUACCGAGUAGAGGUCGCUGCGUACGGGCAGGACGGAGAGGGGCCGCGUAGUAAUCCGGAAAUAGUCCGGACAAGUGGGGCCGCCGCGGUGACUGCUUUACCCACCACUGUUCCGCAACAGCCGGAACUCGAUGAUGUUUCCGUAUUAAAUUCCACCGCCAUAACAGUUAUCUGGCAACCACCCACGGAAGAACUUGCCGGAGUGGUGAUUACCGGGUACUACAUCUAUGUCGAGAAGUACCAAGGCGGGUACUGGGAAGCUGAAUCCCGAUACUACACAGCCAUCCCUCCCAAAGGACAGAUCUUUGUUAUAAACAACAUGAGCCCCAAUACUAAAUACCGAGUUUCCGUCACGGCUCUUUCAAUUGACGGAGAAGGACCUCCUAGCCAAUCCAAAGUGGUAGUGAUGGACAGAGAGGACGAACAGGACCGUAACCAGGAUAAUAAUAACAACAACAACAACAAUAACAACAAUAAUAAUAAUAAUAAUAAUAGAAACAUAAAUUUUAGCCCCACCGCUAUUCCAGAAGCUCCUAUUCUUGAUGAGGUGACCCCCGUAAACACGUCCUCGCUGUUAUUGAAAUGGCGCCCAUCGCCUCGAGAUUCCAGGCCAGAAAAUCAAGCCACGAUUCGAGGCUACUACCUUUAUGUGGAGAAGUACAAACAGGGAAGAUGGAGGCCAGAAUUUAAAUUUGAAACUAACGCUCUGUCUAACAGACAGCAGAUCGUUAUUAAUGGGCUGGAAGCGGGAAACAAGUACAAAAUUAAAGUUGCAGCUUUCUCAUCAGUCGGCGAAGGACCAAAAAGUGCGCCCGUGGCUGCAGAAACUUUUCAGUCGGAAGUGAAUAUAAGGAAUGGGGAUGGGGAUGACUCUGAACACACUGGACAGGAGAUGUUCGGAUUUUGUCAGCUCUACCUUGGGACUCUCUGCUCUCCGUUUCUGAAGAACAAGAGUGUGUUUAUGUCCUCUCGAUUCGAUCAACAGGCCAUAGAACAGAAAGUGUUAGUUGCCAUGAAGGUUAUUGAAAACACUGUGACGUCGCGAUGUAGAGAUUUUAUCGUGUCAGCCAUUUGUUUUCAUUCUUUCCCACCAUGCAUUGCGGACGGAAAUCGUCCACGUCCUAGACAGAUCUGCCAACCGGACUGCUACAACUUCCAGUCAGUCUGCAGAAACGACGCCAUUCUAGCAAAACGACAUCCCACUAUAGCUCCAGUGUUUCCAGAAUGCAGAGACCUUGCCGCCCCGGGAAUGCCAGCAGCUGAUAACUGUGUGAAAUUAUCUGCUUCUACCUCUAGUUCAAGACACUCGGGACAAGCACCACGAGUACCACCUGUGACAAGGCCUCCAUCGGCGCCCCAGACCUUAGCUGUGAAUCCAAUAUCCAGGGUUCCGUUCCGUGUGCGCGUCUCCUGGCGACCGCCCCAGCGGCCCAAUGGCGACCUCGUGUCGUACAACCUGAGAUGGACCAGCGAAGAAGACUCGCAUGAACAAGACGUGUCCCCAGAACAGACGUCCAUGGAGAGCGAUGCUUUAAGUAGAGGGUUGAUGUACUCGUUUGAAGUGAGAGCCAAGAAUCAACAUGGGUUAAGCGAACCAAUCACUGCUCGAUUUAAUAUACCCGAUGGAGUUCCUACGGGGUAUCCGCAGAACUUCACAGCCCAGGCUCUGUCAUCUUCCUCGGUUAAAUUGUCAUGGUUACCGCCAUCAAAGGAGCACCAGAAUGGUAAAAUACGGCGCUACCAGGGCUGGUUUUACAUGGUAUCUAAUCCAGACAUAUACCAGCACUUCACGUCCGAGACCCGAAACUUCACUUUGAUUGGAUUACGAAGCAGGACGGAAUACGCCGCUCAGGUCCAGGCGUUGACAAGAGUGGGGCGGGGUCCAAAGACUAACAAAUUAAUGUUCCGGACACCAUAACAUCUUACAGAGGAGUAUUUUAAUAAACUGAGCAUGCAGUCAUAGUAUGCUAGAUAACUAAUUAUACAAUAUAUAAACAAAUAAUGUUGAAAAAUAUAUUAUAGGAUGUAUACCCCAGUGUUUGAUAGGUAGGUAGGUAAAUAGUUUAACGUGCUCAUAUACCACUACGUUUUCGAACACGCCAGUGUUUAAUAAGACAAAAAACAACAACUGAUAUAUGGUUUUUUAAUCGUUUGUAUACUAGUAACUGGAAUUCGGGUGUGUUUUAGGUCCAAAACACACUGGAGCUGGGUCUGAGUCUGUGUCUGGCGAGUAUGGUACCGUUCCAAAUAGAAACACAUAGAAUCGAUGAGGCAAUACACACCGCGUCUGUGCUGGCGCGAACUACAGAUCUGGCAGCAGACGACAUAGAACGUGUUAUAUUCUGACAGUGCCACUUGCCAGCUUCAGUGUGUUUUGGACCCAAUACUUGACAGUAUGUUGUAAAAUAUGUUUUGCAGUUACAGUGUAUACCUGAAGAAGAAAACACCUCCAUCGAGUACGAUGCCGUGUAUUAAUCAGUUAUGUACGUCUAGACACCGUAUAUAGAUAUUUCAAGAUAAUAAUACAGGCAUAAAAUGAUAUGGUAAUCGUGUAACCCCAUCUUGCAUUUAUCAGCUGUGUGUUAGAUGUUGUAUAUAUGUGAUUAUAUUACUUGUAAUUGUUUCUGAAUAUGUGUAAUCUCGAUUUGUUAAACUUAUGUUUGUGCUUUUCUUGUACAUGUAUAUACAAUACAAUAUAUAUGAUAACUGUUGUUGCUUACGCAAAAUAUUUGAUAAUUAACCGUUGUUGCUUACAGAAAUGAAUAAAAAUUAUUUUUUUGUUCAGAAAA